AUGCUGAAUAGCAAAGAUGUCCUGAUUAUGAAGGUGGUAAAACCUUCCCGGAGGUCAAGUGGCAUAGUGCAAUUUGUUAAACAUCAUGCUUUGGAUCUUAUAAGAGAAGUGGCUUUGGUGGAUCCCAUCCUAUAUGAUCUUAUGAGUCAGAAACUGAUAACAAAGGAUCAAUAUGACAAGCUUUGUAGUAAUACAACCUCUCAGAAGAAGAUGAGAGAGCUCUACAAAUUUGUCAGUGGCUGGAGUGAUGGCAGAAAUGUCACAUUUUAUGACUCACUAUUGAAACAUAACAAGAAGCUCAUUAAAUACCUGGAACAUCAAGACAAACUGCCAACCCCACAUAAGGAGCACUUUGUGGACAGACAUCAGCAGGAACUGAUAAAAGGAAUGACGAGUAUGAUGGAGCUCAUUUUACCUCAUCUUCGAAAAGAGCGUCUGCUGAAAAAAGACCAAUUUCACAAAAUAUCCACGGAGGCUACACCUAAGGAAAAGAUGGAAAUGCUUUACUACUAUAUCAAAACAUGGGAUAUUACACACAAAGAUAUUUUUUAUGAUAUAUUAAAAAAAUUGAAUUGUCAAAUAAUUAGUCGCCUGGAAGAGAAAGACAAGAAGAAACCAUUAAAACCAACUUUUUCAAAGCACUUUGUGGACAGACAUCAUCAGGAUCUAAUAAAUUGGGUGUAUGUUUUGCAACCCAUCUUAGACAGUCUUCUAAAGCAACAUCUCCUGUCAAAAGAACAGUAUGAAUCAAUCUGCAGCAAAAUAAAUUCUCAGGAGAAGAUGAGAGAUCUGUACAAUGUAGUCAGAGGCUGGGGUGAUGGUGACAAGGACACAUUAUAUAAUGCAUUAGGAAAUCAUAACAGACUGCUCAUUAGAGACCUGGAAUAUCAGGACAUGGAGUGGCCCCUACCAUCCAGAACUUUCUCUAUGUCUCUGAAUCAGUCAAAAUGGACACACAAACAUCUCCUACUCUACACUCUAGAAUAUCUGUUAUUGGAGGAAUUGAAACAUUUUACAAAGAAACUCUCUAAUUUUACUUAUAAAGACAGACCAACCCUACAAUUUGGAAUGCUAGAAAAUGAAGACAGUACAUCUUUAAGUGACAAACUUAUAAACCAUUAUGGGGAGUUCACUGCUCUGGAUGUGACUAACCAAGUACUCAAAUCAAUUAGUUUAAAUAGAUUUGCAGUGGAGCUACAAGAUGGCAUACAUCUAUGCGGUUUGAGAAGACCUGAAGUCAUUCUGACAUUUAUCAUGGAUGAACUGGAGCAGUUUGAUUUUAGACUAUUCAAAGACAAAUUAUUUGAACUCCAUAAAGAAGACAAACAUCCCAUUCCAAAGAGACUAGUAGAUUGUGCCGAUAGGAUUACCACAACCGACCUUCUCAUUUGGAUCUAUGGUGAAAAAGAGGCUAUGCUUGUGACUGUCCAAAUACUUUGCAAGCUCUAUAGUUUUGAAAGAUCAGAAAAAGUAGAAAGAUUAACAAGGGAUUUAGAGAACUGGAUCGUAACUCAAGGCAUCAACAAACAAGAUUUCCGUGAAGGUGAGGUUGCAGCCUCCAAAGUGACAGUUGAGAGUUUUGCCCCACAGCCAGGAAGUAGUCAAGAUUUUGAUUUCCAGGUGCUUGAGAAGGCCAACCUUGAUCAAAGUGAGCCAAAUUCAGCUUCCCAGACAGGACCUAAACAUCAAGUGUCUUCUAAGGAAGAGAAUACACAGUCAUGCAGGAUGACAUUUGAUCUGAAAAAUGAAAUGAAGUGCUCAGUUUGCCUCGAAGUUUUUACUGACCCUACAACUCUGAUGUGUGGUCAUAAUUUCUGCAUGAAAUGUAUUGAGAAAUCAUGGAACAGUCAAUCGCAAGGGAAAUAUACAUGUCCCAACUGUAAGCACAAAUUUGAAGAUAAACCAAAGCUGAAAGUUAACUGUGCCCUGCGCGAGGUGGCGAGGAUUAUUAAACCGAGAUGGUCAAAGCCAAAGAACGGAGAGAUGAACUGUACUUACUGUACUGAGACUACUGAAGAUGCUGUUAAAUCUUGUCUGCUGUGUGAAGCUCUCUUAUGUAAUAUUCACCUAAAUGUACAUAGCAAAGAAAAGGAACACAUCCUAAUAGAACCCACCACUUCCUUCAAGGAGAGAAAAUGCUCCAUUCAUAACAAAGUCCUUGAACAUUAUUGUAUUGAUGAUGAUGUCUGUGUCUGCUCCUUGUGCUGCAUAUAUGGCGAACACAAAGGCCACCAGGUGGAAAAAGUAACAAAGGCAGCUGAGAAAAAGAAAAAUGAUCUGAGGAACGUCCAAAAGGAACUAACCUGCAAGGAAAAAAACAUUGAGGAACUUCUAAAGUGCUGCGGUGAGGCACAGGCGGCUUCUGAUACAGAGCUGUUUCACAAACUGUUGGAGGUUCUCGAGUUGAAAGUUCCUGGUGACACUUCCAUACAGGAAGGUUGGUCUUUAUUCUCAGUCCCUGAUCUGAUCCAGAAGGCAGAGAAAAGGAAGAAUCAGCUGUCCCAAAAAAUAGAUAAUAUUAAAAAGUGCCAGGAAAUGGACCCAAUACUUUUCUUGCAAGAUCAAAAGAAAGAACGUGUUAAUAAAAGUUUUCAGUCUCAGACUGUAGACGCUUCGGAGACGUUCCCGAAAGAAACGUCAAAUUCUUCUUCACGUGUAGAUGAUGUGGAUUGGGACCCCUGUGAACAGAGUGAUGAUCCUGAGAAAAUGCAUUUGACGUCAAGCUUCAGUGAAAGUUUCCAGUCUAAUGAAGAUGUUUUGGACAUGUCAACAGGAGGUUAUGUUUCUUCACCUUUUGAGGGCCGGAAUCAUGAUGAUACUUUGAACUCAUAUCCUGGUGGAAGUUUACAUUCUAUAGAUUUGGACAAUCUUUCGGAAGAAAUUUCUGUUUCUUCUUCAGAUUCAGUUAUAGUGGACUGGAGCACCGUUGAGGAGGACAAUGAUUCGGAUAAAAAUUUGUUGUCAUGCUCCAGGGAAAGUCUUCAGUCCCAGAGACAUGCUCUAAGUUUGUCAGAGGAGUCUUCCAUUUCUUCGCAUUUAGAUGAUGUAGACUGCGACCUCUGUGGAAAGGAUCAUGAUCCUGAUGAUAUUUUGAUUGUCCCAGAAAUAAAUGGAAAUACAUACAAAUUGGAACUGAAAUCUGCUGGGCUUUUUCGCUGUUCGAAAACGGGAAUUAAAUUCCAAGUGAGACAUCCAGUAACAAUGGAAUAUGAAUUGGAAUCCUGGUAUGAGUAUAUGGAGUUUCUCCGGUAUCAAGGAUCAGAAGUAGUGGGACCUCUGUUCAACAUUAAGACACCUCAAGAACCAGACAUAGUGUCUGCUGUGUACCUACCUCAUUAUGUGUGUUUGAAAGAGCUGAGUGAAGGCACAUCUCGGAUCAUUUGCGCUCAUUUUAAAGAUGGAAAUUUGAGUGUGGAAAAGCCAGCAAGAAUUCUACCGUUCCAUGUCGUCCUAGAAAAUCCUUCGUUUUCACCCCUCGGGACUUUGUGGCACUAUUUACCGGAUAUGUUGACCAAGCAUAUACCAAUACAUGGCAAAGUACUUCUCUAUUUCAGAGUAGUUGGAAAAAAUCAUGUUCAAUAUCAAAUUCAUCUGUACCUGGUGCCCAUUUUUACAACAAUGAGCCAGGAUUUAGAAAAGUCAAAGGAGAACAAUGGUUUUGAGAAGAUUGAUAAACCUUCAAGAACUACAAGCCGAAUCUACACAGAGAAAAAAUUCAUUGUGAGGGGAUCAACGAUAACUCAUGUUAUGCCAACGGAGCUGGAAAUGCUGUCCAUCUCUCCACUCGACAACUUCGUAGAUAUCAUCAUAAAUGCACCAGUGGACAUAAUUGAAUUAUGUCUAGUGCAAAAAGACAGCGAGGAGAAUGUUUGGGGCUGCCUCAUGAGCACAGGAGAAAUUGAAAUGUUACAACCAACAAUUCCAAAAUUGAAAAGACCUAAAGAGGAGAUGGACAUGGAGGAUGAACAGCAGGGACAACCAUCUAAGAAGGCAAAACAGGUUUCUCUCCCACGCUCUCUAAGCGAACUACUUCUAAAUACGCUUCAAAAGAUACCGGAAAAAAAGUUUGAAGAAUUCAAAAAAUGUCUGACGGAUGAAGAAUUUCUUAUCAGAAACCAAUACGACUCAAUGAGGACCUCAGAACUGGAGAACAAGGACAGAAUGGAAGUGUCAGGACUUCUGAUAAGACGCUACACAACUGAAAAAGCAUUGCCUAUUACUUUUCUUGUGCUGGACAGAAUUGGUGAGAAACAACUUGCAAAGAACCUCAGACCUUGUCUAGAUGCCAAGACAUUGAAUGACAUUGAUGCCACCAUCCUGUGAAAGCUUCAAACCAUCACCAGACCAUCAUCAUUCCCUUGCCAUGCCAUGAAGACUUCGGGAAACAUGGGUGGAAUGGUGGUUAUGUGAAUAGCAAAUUUGUUUUGUAGCUCUGGGUUUAAAUCUAAGUAGGGAGACUUUUUCUUGGGUUUGUAUGUUCUUCCUAAGAUUUGUCCAGGUUCUCCGGUUCCAUCCCACGAAACCCAAAUUAAUGAAUCAAUUUACUUCCUUCCUAUCUUGGUUUGAGCAUGUGUUGGGAACAUAGACAUAUAAAUCUGUGAGCUCCAUCUGGUAACAUAGAUUGCCAUCAUUUAUACUCUUAUAGCCGGAUUCAGAAAGACUUACGCCGACGUAUCUACAGAUACUCCGC